AUGGACCUCAGCUCAUUAACAGGAAAAUCGGCCGCUGCAGGUGGGGCUACCUCUGCUGAGCGCAAGGAGGCGAUCAAGCAGCAAGUCUCCUCUGAACUUGCCAUGGCCAACGCACAGCAGCUGAUCACCAAGGCGACCGAAAAAUGCUAUUCCAAAUGCAUUCCUGCCCCCGGUGCCAGUCUCUCCGGCAAGGAACAGACCUGCCUCACAAGAUGCAUGGAAAGGUACUUUGAAGCUUUCAACAUUGUCUCUUCGACGUACGUGCGCAGAGUAAGCAACGAACGCGCUGCUGGUGCCGUUGCUGAGGCCGGCCUUUAG